AUGCUGGGUCCACUGUCUCGGGGAGCAGCACGAAGGGGAAGCUACGAUGGCAACCUUUACACAAAGAACCCGCUCAGAGCCCUGGCUCAACGCAGAUGUUCUGCACCUUCCCCUGGAUUGGGCAAGACCUUAUGUAAUCCAUGGUCAUCAACCAGAGGCAGCCUGGCCCGGGCCAUAUCUGUGAUACAAUGCCCCUUUGCUCUGGGCCUGUCCCAGGACAAUGCAGAACCAAUCCUCAGUGAUCCAGUGCUGCUAACUCGAGGCACGAAGACCAAGGAGAGGCACCUUUUUCUUUUCAAACAUGGACUGGUCAUUGCCAAGUUAAAAUCUGGCAUGAGCUUUAACUUGAAGCACAGGCUGCCUCUUCAUGAACUCUGGGUUAUGUCCUGUGAAAAAGAGGAAGAGGAAAAGCAAAAAGAAUGGAAUGGAGAUUAUGAGUUCCGACCCAAACCAGGAACUUCUCUCAUCUUCAUCUGGCCCACUGGCAACUGCAUUGCUGGGUUUUGUUCGGCAGAGGUAAAAGAACUCUGGCUGAAGACCCUCCGAGGGCAGAGCCAAGAGACCUCCAGAGGAGUGAAGUUCAUCACGGAUCAAUCAGCUCAAGCUCUGAUGAAGGUGUUAAGUGGCUGCAAUGCUUCCAAAACACUAAAUGCCAAUGACAUGGAAACUUUAAUUGAAUGUCAGCCAGAGGGUGAUGUCAAGCAACACCACUUGCUGGCACAAUGUGAUAGUGAAGAUGGGAUUUGCCACCUGAUUGAAAAUAAGAAGAGAAAGGUGAUAGCCUGGCCUUUUCCCAUGAGAAGGGCAGCUUCUUCAUCAGAUUCUUCUGGAUCUUUAACGCCAGAAUGGAAAGCUUCCUUGUUUGACCAGCCCUUGUCAGCAAUCUGCAGUGAUGAAGAUAUCCUUCCCCAACCAAUUCAGGAAAUUCUUAAUAUUCUUCAAAACAAAGGCCCUUCAACUGAAGGAAUAUUCAGAAAGGCCGCCAAUGAAAAGGCCCGGAAAGAACUUAAGGAAGAGCUCAACUCUGGGGCAAUGGUCAAUUUGGAAACCAAGUCUGUUCACCUAUUGGCUGCAGUUUUAAAGGAUUUCCUCAGGAGUAUCCCACUUAAGCUACUUUCAUCAGAUCUAUUUGAAGAAUGGAUGACAGCCUUAGAAAAGCCAAAUGAGGAUGACAAAAUUGAGAGCCUGAAACAGGUUGCAAAGAAACUACCAAGGACAAAUAUUCUGUUGCUCAAACAUUUGGUCUAUGUGCUUUACAACAUCAGCAAGAAUUCAGAUGUCAGCAAGAUGGACUCAAGCAAUCUUGCCAUUUGUAUUGGACCCAACAUGCUGUCCCUUGACACUGACCAAAGUCUGUCUUUUGAUGCCCAGAAGGAGUUGAACAACAAGAUUAAAACUUUGGUGGAAUUUUUCAUUGAUAACUGCUUUGAAAUAUUUGAAGAGGACAUCCCUGGACAUUCCCCCAGAUUCAAUUCUGAUGACUCACUGGAGCACAUCAACAAUUCAGAUAUGUCAACUCUGCAAAAUGACUCAGCCUACGAGAGUACAGAUGCUGACACAGAAUGCAGCAACAGUUUUGGCUCUCAAUACAAGUCGUCCCCAGACACUGCAGAACUGGCCGGUGACUUGGACAACAGAAAGCAUCUGUAUGAGUCAAGACCAGGGUCUGUUGUCUCUUACACCAACUUACUAAAAAGCUCCCUUAGCACUCAAGAAAGGAGGUACUCGGAGCCUAGCACACCAUCCACGAAAGACUGCCUUGAAAGCAGGAUCACCAGCCAAAAAUUGACUAAAAGUGAGGACAAUUUCACUGUCCCCCAGGCGAGUUCCUGUUUUGGGAGUCAAGAAACAAAAGAAUCAUUUCCAGAGGAAUGUUUCCCUAGUCUACAACACAGGAAACAAAAGUCAUCAGGUCUUCAAAUAAAGGAAGGAACUUUAUGCACAGAAUCACUUGUUGAGCCUUCCCCUAAAACCUCCUCUUGUGGUUCCCUGGAUAGUUCCUCUGAUAGCUCAGUCUUUGCCAACUCACCAGUGGUUUCUCCUUCCAGUCCAAAAAGGAACUUUUUCACCAGGCAUCAGUCCUUUACAACAAAGACUGCUGGGGCAGACAGUAAACUGACCCGAGACAGAAAAAAGCACUCCAUGUCGUUCUCUUUUGCUACUCAUAAGAAGGUGCCAAACAAAACUCCAAGUUGGCGCUUUCCCAGAGACCAGGGCAAGAAGGACCUCAAAAAAGAGAGCCAGCUCACUGGCAGGAUUGUCCAAGAAAGCUGUGCUGGAGCUAUAGUUGACUACCAACCAACCCCAGAAUGUGCGAGUUCAAGGUCACAUCUUCUUUCAGUUGAAGAAGUAUUUCAACUUGUAGAUCAGAAAAACCCUGGAAGUCCCCCAUCCUAUGAGGAAGCAGUUCAAUAUUGCCGUAUUUCCAAAAUUCCUCCUUAUGAGAGCCGGACAGUCCAAAGUAUGAGAGAUACUAUACUAAGCCAGAAUUCUAGACUGCCAUCUCUUUCACUUUUGAACUAUGGUGAGCAUACCAAGAAUACACAUUGCAGAGAAACACUCCACAGGGACAGUGCAUCCUCUGUGGGUGAAACUUGGGUACAGAGUGGAGCUUCCAAUGUGUCUACGGGAAAGAAAGGACAAAUACCAAAAUCUGAGGUUCACCGGUUAAGGGUCUUGUCUGAAUCCUUGCUAAAGAAUAAACAGGACUAUGUCAUUGGAAGGUGUAGUCAGCCAAUCUUUGAGGUUGACCAGAUCCAAUAUGCCAAGGAAUCCUAUGUUUAGGGUGCCAAGGUAUACACCCUAAAAAGUCCUCAGUGACUUCUGUAAAUAUGUGGGUCCCUCAAAACAACUGCUUCCCCAAACCUUCUUUCAUGAAGGGAAAGAAUAAGCUUCUUCUGGAUGUCCACAUAUGGUCUUCCUCAAAGAGAAUGUUUACCUCUCCCCCUCACCACUGUCAUUUGUGUCUGUAUGAACCUGAGCAUGUGCAAUAUGUAAUAAAUGUAUAAACAAACUGUCCAUAAAGUAAUACACUGAAGGAAGAGCUAUGUAUUGAGUAUUUGUAUUGCACGUGUAUAUAUUAUGUCUAAUGAGGUGCUGGACUUUCCUCUUGGUUAGGGUAUUUGAAAAAAAGACGCUGGCCUUUCCUUUAUGCAUGCCUCAGAGGAAAUGCAAAUCUUCAUAUUUUCCUAACCAUUUCAUCUAAGGAAAAAAAUAAUCACUCCCCUGUCAGAAGCUCAACCCAAAUGAAUAGUUUUAUAGUCACUUGGGAAGAAAGAGAGGGCAGUUUGUAAAGAAAAGGAGUUCAAUGCCAUUAAAAACACCAAAGAGAGGGGAAAUUAUUUUUUAAAAAUCUAUGAAAAAUGGUUAAAAGGUGUCCUCUUGACUGUCUCAUUUAUCUUGGGAAAACUGAUGGAAAUACGUUAUUAUUACUAUUGGCUCCCUGAUAGCACUUUCGAGUUUCUCUUUAGUACCGUGUUGUUGCCUACUGUUGGAUGUCAACAUUUUGAAAUUUUAAAAUAUUUGUUGAGGAUCGUUUGAACUAUCGAUGAAAUGUCACUACAAUA